UAAGCCAGCCAGAACAAAGGGCCACAUGCAUGUGUGGGGCGUGUCCCGAAGACAACGCGGGGGUGGGGGAAUAGCCAGGGCGAACAAAGAGCAAUUAAUGCGAUAGGAGGAGGGGGCUUUCUCCUACGAUUUUCCCCACUUCCCCGACUUUUCUUUUAGAGGUCAGUUGUGAAACGAAAGACCCAGAAGCGGACCAGCGGACACAGUUCAAUGAAGUGCUUAUGAGCUAACUAGCAGCAGGACGGCAGCCAAGGAACACAGGGACGAGGCCUGGAUCAGCAAGCACGGAGCCAGGAAUCACAGGCUAGAGGUUAGCGCAGAUUGGAGGGAAGCAGGUGACCUAGUUUACCAAGCAGUAGAAAAAGAUUAGAGGACUGGCGGCGUUUCUGUGGCAACUCCUAUUGGGGCUGUUCUGUUGUGUUAAUUGAACUAAGAGCAUCAACGUGCACUGCCAUUAGCUAUAACCUUAAUAUACCUAACUAACGUAAUUAGUGUACUUGACCUAACCCGGAGCAGCAUGUCCAACUCCCACUACAACAACUACCAGCAGCAGCCGCACUCCAGCAACGGAGAUUCGGAGUACCAGCACCAGCAGAUGGUCCAUCAGCCGCAGAGGUUCUCUAAUGGCCAUGGGAUGAAAAGUGUAGCUGUGCCGGACAUGUGCCUCUUCUGCUUUGAGGUGCUUGACUGUGAGCUGAACAAUGUUGAUGGGCCAUCGGUGCCGGUGUUCAGCAACGAUGCUUAUCCCCUGUUUGUCACCUGGAAGAUUGGACGGGACAAGAGGCUUCGUGGGUGCAUUGGUACUUUCAGUGCAAUGGAACUGCACAAUGGACUGCGUGAGUACGCCUUGACCAGCGCCUUUAAGGACUCCAGAUUUGCACCCAUCUCCAGGGAUGAGUUGCCGCGGCUGACUGUAUCGGUGUCUAUUCUACAAAACUUCGAGGAGGCCCAGAGUCAUCUGGACUGGCAGUUGGGAGUCCAUGGCAUCCGCAUCGAGUUUCUUACAGAACGCGGGUGCAAGCGUACUGCCACUUAUUUGCCGCAGGUGGCCACCGAACAGGGCUGGGACCAGUUGCAGACAAUUGACUCACUCCUACGUAAGGGAGGCUAUCGGGCUGCCAUUACCCAGGAAACUAGGAAGUCCAUUAAGCUUACACGCUACCGCUCGCAAGAGAUCCAGAUGCACUACAAGGAGUACCGCGAGCACCAGGAACGUCGUGCCCAAUUCGGAAAAGUGCAGUGCUAACAAUUGGACAGGCCGGCGGCGAGACGAUGAUCCUGGCUGAGGGCAGGCUUACUGGCCGUCGUCCUCCUGCUGCUGCUAGCCUUUGAGUUCGGCCCAGCUUGGCGGCCGCUCGCUUAAUCCGUGUUAUGAGUUCUUACAUCUCCGACAUCAAUUUUAAGCCCUCGAAAAUUCUCCGACACGGGCAUGAGAUGUACGCCUUUUUAUUAAAUAUACAAUUUAAUGCUUGAUAUACUUAAGCGGCAAAUCCGUAAGCAAUUUCGAAUGAAAAAAAGCGAAAAGUUAAUAAAUGUUAGGUUGAAACCCUUUGUAAUCGGAUUACUUUGAUCGAUGUUGUAGCCGCGGCCUUGCUGGUUUCUCUUUUAAAUCAAACACACAAAUACUAAAAACAAGCAUAUAUAUAGGGAUAUAUAUUACCGAAUCAAUACAAUACAAAAAUGCAGAUAUAUAAUUCAAGUAAAAUGUUCAGCAAUUAUAUUAAUAGAUUUAACAACUAAACCAAUUACAUUACUAAUUCUAAUUCUAUGCGCAUUAAAUAAAGGUCGACCCCAUCCGAGUCGCACAAGACAAUGCAAAA